AUGAAGAGGAACAUCAUUCGUCUCUUUGCCGGCGCGAUCUUGCUGGCGAGCGGUGCGGCGGCGGCAGAAAACUGCGCGAGUGUCGCCGUCACCGCGAUUCCUUCCUGCGCACAAAGCUGUUUCCUCGAGGGCGCGUCUUUCGUGGGCUGCGACAGCCUCGACUUCUCAUGUCAGUGCGGAAAGGAGGCGGCUCUCUAUGCUGCUAUUGAACCUUGUGUUGCAACCGGCUGCCCUGCUGCGUCGUUCCAGGCUGUCAUCAACGGAGCUUCAUCUGGAGCGGUCGGUGGCUCAACGGUAUCCGGGUCUUUCGUCUCGGCCAUCUCGGGCUCCGCGAUCGGUUCAUCGCCGGCGAUCGCGACAGCUACGCCGUCUGCAGCCGCUGGAGGUUCUGCGUCUGCCUCAGCAACGCAAGGUGGUGGUGGCGGAGACACAUGGAAUCCCCUUCCCACCUCUUCCCCGUUCUCGACCUCGUCGCCUGUCAAUGCUGCCGGGCGCCAAUCAAACUCAAACUUUGCCAUGCUCGUAGCGGUUGUCGGAAUGGCGGUGUCCGUUGCGGUAGCUCCUUGA